AGCUGUCAGAAUGGCAGCCUCAGACGAAUGCAAGCUCCUCAGAAAGAUCUUCAAAAAAUGUCCUCUACUCUUCAGCUUAUUCUGCACAGAGAAGCAAUCCCACAAAAAACUGAAAAUCAUCGUUGGGUUCGUAUACGGCAUUUUGUUGGGUAUUGCCUUCUACAAUUUUAUCUUAAUUGAUCUCAAUUUUACUGAAGAGGUCGGUUUUAUCGUCGGAUCUACCGUAUGCCUCAUGCUGGGGUUUGGUAUUGCCUCGUCGUCGCAGAUUCGGUGCAUUAUUAGCCUCACAUACCCCACAAUAGGAGGCAAGGUCGGCAGAGGUGUCCUAAAAGCCGUUGUGAUCACUUUCAUCAUCGCUGGUCCCGUAGAAAACCUAGGAAACAACGGCAAAGAAGUUGUACGUGUUUUCGCAUGCACCACGUCGUUGACGUUCAAUCUGACCAAAACCAGGUUUGAACUCAUGUUUAAACCGUUCACGCAAGCGAUAUUUGGUAUGAAGACUGGCGUAGACGAGAUCAAAGAUACUGUGAAGUCUAUCAAAGACGUCUCUGCGCCUGUUAUCGGUGAAAUAGAAGAUGAGAAGGAAGUCAGAAAGAUGAAAGAGGAGAACGAUUAUAUUGACGAACUUGUAGGCGAUACGAAAAGAUCUGAACUGAUGAAUCAAAAGUAUGAAACGGUGGGUGAACAAGCCGAAGCUGAGAAGUUUGAAAAAAUGUAUAUGAAGAAGAUAGAGAUGAGGUGCCAGAAUCAAUUCACUAAGGCUGCACAGAGAUGUAGAAAAAUGUUUGCGAGUGCUUAUGACAAGUGUUAUGACGCUGUCACUUGGCUAGUGUCCUGGCUGCUGUGUUGGCCAAUGAAACUCGACUUUAUCUGCAAUAUCGGCGAUGCACUUGGAGGUACAAGUCGUUGCGAUCCCUCAAAGGAACUGGACCCAGGUUUCGGAGAUGGAUACGUCUACCUUAAAAGUGCCAAGGAUAGAUUCUCUUCGAAUCUGAAAGACGUCAAGCUCCAAUAUAAAAUCGGCAAGAUCAAGAAGCUGAAAGACCUUAGAGAUGCCAAAGAUACGGCAGUUGCUGUUAUGCAUGAGAUCAACAGGAAAAAGUACAUCUUGUUUCAAAUACUGACGAUACUGAAACGGCUUUUGGCGUUUAUAUUCCUGAGGAUCAUAUUGGAGUCGCAGAAGUACCAUGAUCGGUAUUUGAGGGAUAUUGAGUUCGAUAACAUUUAUAUCACGAGAUAUUUUCGUAAGAUAGAUGCAAGAAGAAGGGUACAAGAGAAGUACACAUUACUGCCACUAAAGAAGAUCGAAAGGAAGAAACUAGUCGACCCAAGAUCUGUAACGCCCCUGAAGAAAGAAAGGGAAAAAAUCUUUUCUGAAACGGCAAUUUUGCUUCUUGAAGUGAUGGUAGUGACGAUAUUGGUUUUACUGGACUGGAUGUUUUAUGAAUCAUUGGAUUUGAUUAGGAGGCAUGCAAGGAUAGAGUAUCUGCAGACGGGACAUCACGAUCUUCAACUACAAGUUGUAGGUACAGGGAUGAUAGCCCAAGUCCUGCGUUCAAUAAUCAAAGGAUUCAACGUAAAAAAACGCAUAAGGAUCAAACGGACCAACGAGCAGUGCCUUCCAAGGCCUAACAAGCUAUCGAAAUAUUACUUGCUGAAAAUAUACGGCAUUUACUUUGCAGUGUGGUGCAUGAUGGUGAUACAAGCGUACAUUUUGAGGCUCAGAAGAGCGAUUUGCGCGUAUUUUUACAGGAAGAGAGAAAAGAAGAGGGUGUUGUUUUUGUAUAACGAGAGUUUGAAGAGACGAAUUGGAUUUUCCAGAUUCAUGAAAAAGAAAGUGAAGCAACUCGCGAAAGAAAAACGGCUGAAAGACGACUACAACGUCUGCGCUAUUAUCCGCAUGAACUACCCGAACCAGUGCGAUUGGUUGAGAUUUUUCGCCUGCGCCAGAAGAAAAUGCCUGCUUUGCGAAGAACCUGAACCCAGAAAUAGGAGCGAUUUCGUCCAAUGCGAGAACGAGUACUGUUUGUUGUUGUACUGUGAGGAAUGUUGGACAGAUAUGGGCAAAGAAUGCUUGAGAUGUCAGGUGGAGAGUGAAGUCAGUUCGGCAUAUGAAACCGAAGAAGAAUACUCUGAUUAAAAUGUUUACUACCAAGCAUGUACUUGUAAUAAAUAAAUAUAGACAUUAAGCUUUAAUA